UCUCUGUUGUCCUUCGCGCACUGCGUUCUUGGACCACUCUUGCGACAUGUUUACUUGAAGAAAGGAACCAGGAACCUCUCUCUUUUAUCAGACAUGUUUACUCUUGCACGGGCCUUCAUUGCCUUCAUUUCAUCCGUCAAGUGACAUGUUUACUACUUGUGGCGUUACAUGGUGCGACAUUUCCAAGACUAGCAUCGCGAAAGUUGUGCCGUGCGGCAGUGUGUAGUGCCAUGUGAUUCCAGAGCUGGGAAAACAGAAGUGACAUUGUCCUGUGUCAGAUAGUAUGUAUACGCAGAACGAAUGAAGAAAAGGAGAGAUAAGGAUCCAUUGGUGAUAGGGGAUUAUCUGCAUCUCUGGUGUUUGACGGUCGCCGCUCUUUCAUGAGUCUUCCUGAUUGCAGCGGGAGCGGCAGACGUACGAGCCAGCAUUUAACAGCCAUGGGGGACGUCAUAGCAGCCCUUCAGGUGGCGAGAUGUGGUGGUGAAGGAAAACCGUUCCCGUAUUUCAUGGAUGAACUAAAAGAACAUGAAUCAUGUUCCUGCCAAGAAGAUUUUUGACUGCAAGUUGAGGAGAACCCAGCACAUCCGCAUAUCAGGAGCGGCAUGAACAAUUCUGGAGAGAUGGGAUCAGCUGCAUAAACUUUGUUUCCCCAAGCUACUGAAGCCUUCAUGGGCAUUGCUUGGAGCCAGGAGUUGCUGGUUGAUUGUGUGCGUGCUACGGUUUUGUUGCUACGCCACUCUUCCACCUCAUUGGUCAUGAUGUAUUCCAGAUCUUGACUGAAUGUCUCCUCUGCUCAAGUCUUUCUUGGCUGGCUCGCUAAGUGGUACGUGUUCAACGUUGCUGUUUCAACCAUUGGACCUUCUCAAGACGAGGCUUCAGCAGCCUCUGGAUCAUGGGAACACAAGGAAGUUUGGUAUGGUAGCCCACUUCUUCCACGUUAUAAAGACAGAACAUGUCCUCGGCCUGUGGAAAGGAACUGUACCGUCCAUUGCACGUUGCGUACCUGGUGUUGGCCUCUACUUCUGCACCAUGCAUUUUCUGAAAACAAAUUUACAUUUGGACAGUCCUUCAUCGAGUGAAGCUCUCUUUCUGGGCAUCAGUUCGCGUUCCAUAGCGGGCAUUGCUCUUUUGCCAGUAACAGUCAUCAAGACGCGCUUUGAAAGCCAAGUGUACAACUACCAAACCAUGAGCCAGGCUACGAGAGAUAUCUACCGGAAAGAUGGCAUUCGUGGCCUGUACAGUGGUUUAAUUCCAACUCUGUUUCGAGAUGCUCCCUUCUCUGGUAUCUACCUAGUCUUCUACACUCGUGCAAAACACUUUGUACCUCAAGAAUGGAAAGAGGGUUCCCAUUCCAUGGCAGUUAACUUUGGCUGUGGUGUGUUGUCUGGAGUGCUGGCAUCACUGCUUACCCAACCUGCUGACGUCAUCAAGACACAGAUGCAAUUGAGGCCAGACAAGUUUGGAACAGUCUCGAUGGCUGUGCUUUUUAUAUCAAGGGAUUAUGGAGUAAUUGGGUUCUUCCAAGGCCUCGUUCCUCGAAUGCUGCGGAGAACCUUAGUGACGGCCAUGGCUUGGUCAUUCUAUGAACGGAUCACAGCUGGUUUUGCAUUGAAGUAAUAUCGGGAAGAUGAAAUGCGUGAGCACCCAACUGCGAGUGGCAAUCAUCAUCCUGGAGCCUUCUGCUUUUACCCUGCAGAGUUACAACUGUCGCUAUUACACUGAAGUUUUUGAAGACCACUGGUCUACAUGCAAAGCAGUACCGAGGCCUAGUAUUCUUGUAAAUAUAAUGGUACGUUUUGAUAUCGUUUUCAUGAACAUGGCGAGGCAACGUUGUGCCUUAUGGUAUACUACCUGCAUGUAAAUAUGAUAUUGUUGGAAGUUAUGAUCUCAAAAAUAAAGUUACUACUAUUUGGA